AUGUUGAUACUUCAAUGUUGCCUACCAACGGUGGCUUUAAAGAAGACUUCGAAUGAGUUUAUGGUUGAGAAUAAACGAACGCAUAUGAGGCAAAACUACUUUGUACAGAGUGCUUUGAAUGAUGAGAAUCCUGAUGACAGGUACGGAAUAGCUUAUACAGCGGAAUCGUUGAAUCCGACAAGCCCAGAAGAACUGCCCGCACUGAUUGUCGACUAUGCUAAUAUGAUAAGAAACGACAUCAUUCUCUUGGAUAAUUCAGUAGAGACGAGAACUAGGAAACGCGGUAAUGUUAAAGUCGAAAAUUAUAAUAAUAAUGGUCAUCGAGAGGUGCCCUGUAACUGUGAACAAGGAGGUAUAACAGUUUUGAAAAGGAAGAAAUAUGGUGACAGAUCAAUGGAAGACCUACCCGAGGACCUCGGAAAGAGAUGGGUAGCUGUAAAGAAACCAAUCACCGUUGCGUGUUUUUGUAGCGCCGAUUACAGAGAACAAUAUUGA